UCCUCCCCCUUUGGUUUGUGUCAUCAAAAGAAACAAAAAUGGGUGCUCUUCACUAUCUUGCAAACUUUUGCACUGUUGAGAGCACCAGAACCAGAAGGAGAUCAAUGCAGACAGUCGAGAUUAAAGUGAAAAUGGAUUGUGACGGAUGCGAGAGAAGAGUGAAGAAUGCUGUUAAAUACAUGGAAGGGGUGAAAAGUGUGGAAAUUAACCGGAAGCAAAGCCGAGUAACUGUUAACGGCUACGUCGAUCCGAACGAAGUAUUAAAGAAAGUGAAGAACACUGGGAAAAGAGCUGAAUUUUGGCCAUAUAUACCUCACAAUGCUGUUCAUUAUUCUUAUACAUCACAAGCUUAUGAUAAAAAGGCACCUCCUGGAUUUGUGAAGAAUGUUACUGCACAGUCACUUCCUUCUACUGCUAAUGCAGCUGAAGAACGUAUCGCAAAUUUCUUCAGCGAGGAUAAUCCCAAUGCUUGUUCUGUUAUGUGAAAGAUCGAGGCCGAGUUUUUUUUUUAUCAACAUUUUUCUCGAAUGAUUGGUUCUUGAAAAGAAGAGCUUAGAUGCAUGGUGCAUGUUUGUUAUGUUUUAUCGGACGUAAUUGGGUGAUCUUAUUACUAGAUUACAUUGAAGUUUAUUUCUUU